ACUAAAUUCUACACUAUUUAAAUUACUGACUGUGUUUUUUCUCACACACGUGGUCCAGUAGUAGACAAUUCAUAACACAAAAAAUUAUUAUUGACAUUAUUAAAAAAUGAGUGUAAUUUUAAGAAAUACAUUGCGUCUUGUUGGCACAGCAAAAUAUGCUCCAAAUAAUUCAGCAAAAUAUCUACGAUCCAUGACACUCACAACUAAUCAUUUAAAUAAUUCAUUAUUGUCAUUCAAUCAAGCUAACCAAAUAUCAACUAAUUUUGAGAAAAUCAUACGGACCACUGGAAACGAAAUAUUAUCAUUAUUUGCUGCUAAUGAAGAAAUAAAAAAAGCAAAAAUUGUUCAUCUUAAGGUAUCACUUAGUAGUGGUAAAGUAAGAUUAAUAACACCAGAAAGAGAGAAAAAUUUAAUUUUUCCUCCCACAUUCAAUAUUGAACUUAAUAAAGGAUCAAUUGAACCUAAAAGCAAUAAAAUUGCUGAUGAAGAAGAGACAUUAUCAUUCAAGUUAAGUAAAUGGAAGGUAUUACUUGAUGAUGGUGAAUUAAAAUUGAAAGUAAUAGAUACUGGUGAAACGUUUAUUUUGAAACACGCAGUUCACAUUAAAGCUCACAUAAACCCACCUAAACCGUUAGAGGAUGGUGCUUUUGAUCUCACUUCAGAACCACCUAUUUCUAAUGUUAGAUCAUAUACCGCUAAAAUAAUAUCAGAAUCAGAAGGGUCAAAGCCUUUAGAUCGGGAAUUCCCACCUGUAAAAACUAUGGCCACUGCCGAACUAUUUAAAAGUUACGGAAAUCAAGUAUCUGAGACACUAAUAGAAACUGGAAAUGUCGAAAUAAUUGAGGAUAGACCAAAUAGUUUUGGAAGAAUGAAACUGAAAUUUCCAAUGACUGCGUCACUUGUAGGAGCUCCACAAGAAAUCAAAAUAACAAAUACUGAUGAUACUUACACUGCCUAUCACACAGUUGAAAUUCGAGCUAGCAAAAAAUUGGCUGAAAAUUUAAAAAAUGGAAGUGCAGAUGAAAACAAAAAAAGACUAUCAAAAAUUGGCAAACUUCGAGUGGAACUUGUGAGCGGUGAUCUAAUCUUUGAACCAAGAGUUUCCAGUGAUCAAAGUGUAUUUAUCAGACAAGAAGUCGACAUUGAAAUUGACUUGGACAGUGAAGUACCAAGUAUUCUUAUUAACCCUCAUAUAAAAUCAUAUCAUAAUUUUUAGAUAAAAAUAAACAGUUAUAACUAAAUUAUAAUAAAACAAUUGUCAUAUUAUUUUAUUGGUUUUGACAAAGAUUUAUAAUUAUAGUAUUAAAUAUUCGAUUAAUGAUUAUUGAUAUUAAAAUAAAUAGCUAUCAUUUUUCUUGUCUUUUAAUUUACGACGAAUAAUAUAUAUUUUUUAUCUAAUAUGUUAUAAUAAAAUUAUAAUAAAA